UCCCCCCUUGCACUUGCUUUUUGAUUUGAUAACGUUAAGUCUGGAAAUUAAAAUGCACCUAGAUGGCUAGCCGGUUGCUUUGUUGUUGCUAGCUGGUUUGUUAGCCUUUAAUGUGGAAAUUAACUGCGUCGCACUGGUUAUGUUGCCAUUUCAAGUCUAUUAGGCACUACUGCUAACAAACACAGCCCAGCGUUAGAAGCUCCGUGCCAGUGCCCGGGUGGGCACGCAGGACCAGCACGCUUUCCGCUGUGAUGCCAAGUACAGCUCAGGUCAGAAGACCCUCAGGUGGGAGCGCAGUCCACCCGGAGGAAAGGAAAACAAAGACCGUCUCAAGCCCCGACAAAUUAACCAGCUCUGUUAUGGCCAGUACUUUCAGAAUCCCCAAGAGGAAGUCCUCGGAGGACAGGUGCACACAGAUGGCGUCACCUCUGUCCCGCCUCCAAGAUACCCACGAACAGAAGAUGCAGUGGACUAAGUUCACGGGCGGUGGUAGGAGAGGUCAUGAAUGCAGGCCCGUGAAUGGAAACAUCUCUUCAAAUGGCAGUCGAAUGGCGUCAGGCAGCGGCAAUGCACGAAGCAUGGAUGCCAGGCUGGUCCUGACAGACAUCCUGAAGACAGAGCUGGGACGGGAAUACCUGAGCGGAGGAAGGUCCCGUCCCAAACGAGCGUCGGACACGCUCUGCCAGGAUCUGCGGCGGGACGGCGGGUCGUGGAGGACCAGCACCGGGGGGCGAGGUCCGGUGCAGUCGGAGUCCAGUGGGGGUGGGGGAUUGGACAGGAGGCGCCCCCUCAUCAAGGACACGACCCUGCCCCUGAGUCGCGGGGGGGACGGGCCGGAGGAAGCCGUGUUCGAGGACCUCAGAUGCGCAAAACCUCCCUCCCGAAACGAGGACUGCACUACUGCGCAUAACAAAGAGGAGAGGAGGAAGGAUGCUCUGGUGAGGAGGAAUGGAGAGGGGAGCGAGAACGGAGAGCUGGAGAGUGAUGACGAAGAGCGCGGCAUCGUGGGACCGUCCAGGCGUAGUGUCCUUCAGCACUCAGACAAGAGUGUGCGUCAGGGGGGGACCCCGAAACGCCGUUUUGCGGAGUUGCAGGGUAGACCCCCCUCCACUGGCUCAACCUCAGGCUCUGACCCUCAGACCCCCCCCAGGCAAGGGGACAGAGACAAGAGAACCCCCCCGAAGUUAUCCCCCUCCAACCGACCAAAGAAACCCAAGCUGGGCACCUUAGAACCCAUCGUUCUGUCCAGUGAUGAUGGUGAGGAUGAAGAAGGUGACUCCGCCUCAGAGUCUAGCCCCACCCUCCCUCAGGUGAGGGUUGUUGCUCCCAGGAUAGAGACCCAGAGUGAACUGCAUCCAGAGGAAACGACUAAUGCACAGGCCAUUGCUGAGGAGUUGGUGAUCCCAGGUUUGAGUCUGGUGGAGGAGCCCGAGGAGGAGCCCUCUGAUAUGCCCUCUGAUAUGCCCUCUUUCAUCGAGCUGGCCUUCUCUGCCCUGUACGUGGGCUCGCUGAGGGCCGAAUCCAACGGCAGUAUCUCUAUCACUAAUGACAGCAUCACCAUUCCUCUCAGAGACUCCUCAGGUUUGCCGGAGGUUGCCGUGGCGUUGGUGACCUCGGAGCUACGCAGGUACGGCAUUUGGGACGGGGGUGUCCUAGAGGGCAAGGAGGGGCACACUCCCUCUCUCCUCUUCCUCUGGGUGUCGGACGCCCAGGCACGGCUGGUCCAGGCUGAGCUGUCUGCAAUCCACCCAGUACACAACCCAGGUCUGGCCAGCCCCUUCCUCCUGCUGUGUCUGAAGGAGAACCUGGAGGGCCUGCAUGGCGUGCUGCUGAACUCCUUCAUGGAGGUCCUGGCGCUGCAGUGCGGGGUCCCGGCGCUGAUGCAGCCCUUCACCUGGAGCGAGGGCGUGGCCCUGAUCCACAGGGUCGGUCACCACGCCCAACUCCUCUCCCUCCUGGGCCAGGAGGCUGCCGAACCUUACCAAAACCCGCAGGAGGACUCAGACCCCCACCCCGGCCCUGCGCAGCAGGAGAGUCCGGGUCAGUCCAAGCCCUCCUACACGCUGCGCCACCGCAGAGUCGGAAGCACGUACUCCGUGUCCAUCGCCCCGAGGCCCGGUCCAGCCUGGAGCCGCUCCAAGCACCAGGGCCCGCCCCGCAGGUUAAUUCUGUUCCCCCCGCCUCCCACCAAGGGAGGAAUCAGCGUCACCACCGAAGACCUGGAGUGCCUGGACAACGGGGAGUUCCUGAACGACGUCAUCAUCGACUUCUAUCUCAAGUACCUGAUGCUGGAGAAGGCUCCCAAGGCCGUCGCCGAGAGGUCGCACGUCUUCAGCAGCUUCUUCUACCGGCAGCUCACCCGCAAGGACAACGUCAGCGAAGAAACGUCGGUCUGCUCGGCGCAGCAGAGACGACACCAGCGAGUGCGGACGUGGACCCGGCACGUGGACAUCUUCAGCAAGGAUUACCUAUUUGUGCCUGUCAAUCAGGAGGCUCACUGGUACCUGGUGGUCAUCUGCUUUCCUGGACUGCUGGAGCCCCAGACUGAGCGAUGGAGCCGGGAGAACUGCCUGGACAAAGAGUCCUGUGGAAGGGAGGACAGGCGGAUGACCGGACACAGCGUGCCGGAGUGUACACAGCUCGGCUGCAAGCGGGAAAAGGUCUGUAAAAGACCCUGCAUUCUCGUCAUGAACUCUCUGAAACUCUCCUACCAUGAGCGUGUUCUCAAACUCUUACGGGAGUACCUGCAGGUGGAGUGGGAGGUGCGGAGGAGCAGUCCUCGGGACUUCACCCCGGAGCAGAUGAAGGGGUCGCAGUGCCGGGUCCCCCUGCAGGAUAACAGCAGUGACUGUGGGCUCUAUCUGCUGCAGUAUGUGGAGAGCUUCCUGCAGAACCCCGUGGUGCACUUUGAGCACCCCGUGCAGCUGGACCACUGGUUUCCGCGGCGACAGAUCCGCAGUAAGCGGGACGAGAUACGCGAGAUGGUUCUGCAGCUGCACCGGAAACAGCAGGGCUGCGGCAGGUAGCGUAGCCGGUCUGCGCUGACGGCUCGCAGAGGACAAUACUGACUGCGCAACCACUUGCUGGUCUGCGCAGACGCCUUGCAGAGGACAGUACUGACUGCGUAGCCACUUGUAGGACUGUGCAGACGGCUCGCAGAGGUCAGUACUGAUUGUGCAGCCACUUGUCGAACUGUGCAGACGGCUCGCAGAUCACUGUACUGACUGCGCAGAUGGCUCGCACAGGACAGUACUGACUGUGCAGCCACUUGCCAGACUGCGCAGACGCUUUGCAGAGGACAGUACUGAAUGCGCAGCCACUUGCCAGACUGCGCCCAUGUCCUGCAGAGGACAGUACUGACUGCGCAGACGGCCUGCAGAGGACAGUACUGGCUGCGCAGACGGCCUGCAGAGGACAGUACUGUCUGCGCAGACGGCCUGCAGAGGACAGUACUGACUGCGCAGACGGCCUGCAGAGGACAGUACUGACUGUGCAGAUGGCCUGCAGAGGACAGUACUGACUGCGCAGAUGGCUCGCAGAGGACAGUACUGUCUGCACAGCCACUUGCUGCCUUGCUGAAUAUACAGUGGCCUCUUUUUAAAAAACAAGAAUUUUUAAAAGGCUUAGCUAUAUUUUUUCUUUUAACAUAUUUUAUAAUUUAUUUUUCAUAAAUGUUGUGAUAUUUGAAUCUUUGCAAUGGAAUGUGAUGUGUGUAUGUACAUAUGCUUUUAGGUUUAUUAGACAAAAAAAAAAAAUCCGUAAUGUCAUCAUGGAUCAAUCUCACAUUUUUUUGUCUACAAUUUUACUGUCUUAUUCCAAAGUCACGGCUUUAAUUUAUUUUAUAUUGUUUCUUGAACCAAUGGGCGUUUUAUUUUGAAAGAGGUAAUAAAUCUGAAAUGAGGAAAUAUGCUCUAUUGUAUUUUUUAUUGUUUUUAUUUAUUUUUGAGUAAAAAUUUCUUAAGAACAUUCUGCCAGGAAAUGUUAUUCAGUACACAAGAAUAUUUUUACUGAAUGCCCCUUUGUUUAGAGAUGAAAUAUAUGUAAAAUAUGUUUAUACGUGGUAAGUGCCUGUUUUAGGGAAAGGAUUGGAAGGGCUGUGUUACAUUACAUUGCAUUACAGGCAUUUAGCAGACGCUCUUAUCCAGAGCGACUUGCACAAAUUUUACAUAGCAUUUUACAUUGCAUCCAUUUAUACAGCUGGACAUAUACUGAAGCAAUGCGGGUUAAGUACCUUGCUCGACAGUAUAACCGCAGUGUCCUACCCAGAACCUAUGACCUUUUGGUUACAAGCCCAGUUCCUUACCCACUGUGCUACACUGCCGCCCCGCUCUGUAUGUCAGCUCGGACGGGUCAAGUGCAGAGGCCAAAUUACCCCACGGGGUCAAUAAAGUAUGCCUUCAACUUAUUGUUUGAAACCCACUGCAGAUCAACUCUGAUUACACCUUAAUACAUUAAUGUUGCAUAUUGACAAGAAAAACAAUUACAGUUACAAAAUGAAAGGUACAGAUAAGCAUAGUAUAAGCCAUGAGAUAAACUAAAUAUGCGCUGGUUUUACAAACUAAAGUCCUGAUGCUGUCGUUGUAGUUGUAUAUACACUUUGUUGUGACUCAAAACUUAAUCGCAUCCUUGAUCUGGGCUGUAGGAUGCAGCUGAAGUUUGCCUGAUGAGGGAGAUUCAUCUGUGUGAGUGUGGUUGUGUUUUCCUCUGUAUUUGCACAUUUGUCCAUGGAAAGCAAUUGUAUAUUUGCCUCCAUGUGUUUGUAUUGUUGUGCCUGUCUCUGUGGAUGUGUUUUGUUUGUGGUUGUGUAGUAUACUGUACCUCAGUGUGUGUUUUUGUGUGUGUAUUUACAUGCUUCUGUGCGGGUAUGUUUGUGAAUUUCAGUAAAAACAGAGCCCCUAAGCUGGCAUGGUCUGUCUCAAA